AUGCUUGCACAAAAGAACAGUGUGGGUUCAGGGAACCUCAUUGAGUCAGGAACAGAAGCAGGACCCAAUAACAUUAUUGUUUGUGCUUGCCAUCCUAUGGUUCCUGCAAUUAGCAAGUCUGUUUUGAGCUGGAUAGUUACUCUGCUCAUCCAUAUCUCCUUUCUUCAGUACAUCCAUGGCUUGGCUGCUCGAGGAGUACAUUAUCUGCAUCGGCCUGGGCCAACUCUUCAAGAUGUUGGCUUUUACCUUCUUCCGGAGCUUGGGCAAGACAAAGCUUACAUCAGUGAAACUGUGUUUACAUUCAUAUUUAUAUCUUUUGUCCUGUGGACUUUCCACCCUUUCAUUUUCAAGAGCAAAAAGAUCUACACAGUUUUAGUGUGGUGCAGGGUCCUGGCCUUUCUAGUUGCUUGUCAAAUUCUUCGGAUCAUUACUUUUUAUUCUACUCAACUUCCUGGUCCAAACUAUCAUUGUCGUGAGGGUUCGAAACUCGCCAGGCUUCCUCCUCCUAAUAAUGCUUUAGAGGUUCUAUUAAUUAACUUUCCUCGUGGGGUUCUUUAUGGUUGUGGUGACUUGAUAUUUUCAUCUCAUAUGAUCUUCUCUCUCGUAUUUGUGCGGACGUAUCACAAAUAUGGCUCACGGAGGUUUGUGAAACAACUUGCUUGGCUGACGGUGGUUAUCCAGAGCAUGUUGAUUGUUGCAUCCCGCAAACAUUAUACAGUUGAUGUUGUUGUUGCAUGGUAUACUGUUAAUUUAAUGGUUUUCUUUCUUGACAAAAAGUUGCCAGAAUUGCCUGAUCGUGGUGGAGCUGCAGCAUUGUUGCUGCCACUGAGCAAGGAUAGCAGCAAGUCUAAAGAAGAGAAUCAUAAACUUCUUAAUGGGAACUCCGGAGAUCCAGCUGACUGGAGACCAAGAAUCCAAGUCAAUGGAAAGAUAAUGGAGGAUGGAACUACAGUGCAUGUUGAAGCAGUGAUGAAUGGUGUAUAGUAUGAAGCUGCUGCAGAUGCAAGGAUGUCAGUGAUAGCUUUUUAACUUUAGAUGCCUCUGGUAAAUCUGAUUUGUAUUCUGGUGAUUGGAAUAUGAGUCGGGAUUUUUCAAUGUACUAUAGUUCUCCUAUCCUUAAAAUGUAAUUUUCCAAUUUAAUUCGGUA